GCUCCAAGGCUCCCGGCUCUCCGCCAUCUUGUAUUGGGGCUUCAUUGUUCGCGCUGGGCCGGGCGUUUUAGUGUAAUUGCCGCCAAAGAAGGAGGCGGAGUAACCUCCGGUCAGCCGAGAAACCCCGCUAUUCCGCAGCCAUAGCCACUCAAAAGGUUUCGGAGGUAGUAAAGGGUAGGGACCUGGACCUGGAGGCCCCGCCGCGACAGCAACAGCCAUGGAGGACGAGAUGCCCAAGACUCUAUACGUCGGUAACCUUUCCAGAGAUGUGACAGAAGCUCUAAUUCUCCAGCUCUUUAGCCAAAUUGGACCUUGUAAAAACUGCAAAAUGAUUAUGGAUACAGCUGGAAAUGAUCCAUAUUGUUUUGUGGAGUUCUAUGAGCAUCGUCAUGCAGCUGCAGCACUAGCUGCUAUGAAUGGACGGAAGAUAAUGGGUAAGGAAGUCAAAGUGAAUUGGGCAACAACUCCCAGCAGCCAAAAGAAAGAUACAAGCAGUAGUACCGUUGUCAGCACACAGCGUUCACAAGAUCAUUUCCAUGUCUUUGUUGGUGAUCUCAGUCCAGAAAUUACAACUGAAGAUAUAAAAGCUGCUUUUGCACCAUUUGGAAGAAUAUCAGAUGCCCGAGUGGUUAAAGACAUGGCAACAGGAAAGUCUAAGGGAUAUGGCUUUGUCUCCUUUUUCAACAAAUGGGAUGCUGAAAACGCCAUUCAACAGAUGGGUGGCCAGUGGCUUGGUGGAAGACAAAUCAGAACUAACUGGGCAACCCGAAAGCCUCCAGCUCCAAAGAGUACAUAUGAGUCAAAUACCAAACAGCUAUCAUAUGAUGAGGUUGUAAAUCAGUCUAGUCCAAGCAACUGUACUGUAUAUUGUGGAGGUGUUACUUCUGGGCUAACAGAACAACUAAUGCGUCAGACUUUUUCACCAUUUGGACAAAUAAUGGAAAUUCGAGUCUUUCCAGAUAAAGGAUAUUCAUUUAUUCGGUUCAAUUCCCAUGAAAGUGCAGCACAUGCAAUUGUUUCUGUUAAUGGUACUACCAUUGAAGGUCAUGUUGUGAAAUGUUAUUGGGGCAAAGAGACUCUUGAUAUGAUAAAUCCCGUGCAACAGCAGAAUCAAAUUGGAUAUCCACAAGCUUAUGGCCAGUGGGGCCAGUGGUACGGAAAUGCACAACAAAUUGGCCAGUAUAUGCCUAAUGGUUGGCAAGUACCUGCAUAUGGAAUGUAUGGCCAGGCAUGGAACCAGCAGGGAUUUAAUCAGACGCAGUCUUCUGCACCAUGGAUGGGUCCAAAUUACGGAGUGCAGCCCCCUCAAGGGCAGAACGGCAGCAUGUUGCCUAACCAGCCUGCUGGGUAUCGAGUGGCAGGUUAUGAAACUCAAUGAGAAAGGACUCCAGAAUCUAAAGCCAGUGGCUUGAGGCUACAGGGAGUGUAGUAAAGCCGUUGUUUACUUAAAGAUUUAUCAAAUCAGUCAGUGCAAAUGUCAGAUACAAUGUAUUUAUUUAAAAGAUUCAUUUUUUUAAUCAUGAAAUCACUUAUCAUCCACAUUGUUUUAAAAAAAAAACAAAACAAGAUGCUGGAUGUCUGCCAAUUUUUGCCUUCAUUACCUUUUUUGAUAAAGUUUCUCAGAUCCUUGUUUCAAAUACAAAUGCAGGGAUUGCUGCCACUUUUUAAAAUUAAGAGGCAGAAAAUUGCACAAUGUUGAACUUUUUUCCACUAAAGUAGUGUGCAGUUCUAGUAUGCAUUCCUGAUAUGAUUUAAAACAUGUAAUAUAAAGGUGUAAAAAAAAAAAGGAAAACCAAAACUGUGCAGAGUCUAGAAGUUCUUUGUUAGCUUCAGCUUAUGCACAAUUUUGUUUUAGGUUUUUAAAAAAUAGGCAUUGUUUGAGCUGUCCCAUCUCUACUUUUAUCUCUUUGGGGUUUUAAAAUAUAAAUUAUUAGUUUACAUCAUUUUUGUAUCUACAUUUUUUCACAAAUUUGUCUUGCCUUAUUAAAGUUCUGUAAAAUAUACUUAAAUGGGAAAAAAAUGAUGUUCACUUAAAUUGAAAACUUUUCUCAGAUGGAUUGAUAAUUACAUUCAUUUUGUGUUUUAUAUGAGAAGGUGCCUCAAGAAUUCCCUGUUGGAUUUGUUGAAAAGGAUUUUUAUCUUCUAUGAUAAACUUUGCGUGUACCAGGAAAUAGAAAAACAAAAACUUAUUACUAAAGAAAAUCUCUGAAAUGUGAUAAGUUCUUAUGAACCCAUGUUAAUUUCAUGUGUCAAGUUCUACAUUUAUGUGUAUUAUUUCAUUAUGUAAAAUGUUUUAGCAAUUUAAUAUUUUGCACAAUUAGCGAACUUUGUAUGUCAUUUCCUUCUUAAAGGUAUCAUGCAGAGUUGACAUGAGAUUUAUAAGGUUUUAAGUUGUUUGCAUGUGAAUAUCAAAUACACACUUUGGUAGUCUUUGAAUACAAAGUCAUCUGCUCUUGUUUUUCAAGAAUUUUGAGGCAAAAUUGUAUGUAAAGGAAUAUUAAUUUGCCAUUUUCUAGUUAGAUUUGCUCAAAAAGAGUAAAUCAACUUAAUUGUGAUAUGUAAAAAAUGAUAGCUGUGAAACUGUAGAAUAUCCUUAUGUCAGGCUUGGGGUUCAUUGUGAACUCUUAAUAUUAGCCUAAAGGACCAGCCAGGCAAAGCAUUUUUUAAACGUUCAGAGGCCAAAAACCAAACAAAGAAAACAUUUAAAAUCCUACCUCCUUUAAAGAGCCUUCAAAGAGAAGAAUCCUCAGUGCAAUCAUUAUUUUUAUUUUUUAGGUACCUGUUUUCCUGGAGUUCCCAGUUUUAUCAUUUUGGGGUAGCUCCAAGCAUUAAGAGGUUUAAUCUUUGAUGGCAUUGUUCUAGUUUUGACAUUUUUCAGAGUCUUUUAGAAGAGUUGUGGGAGAUUUUGUUUUCAAUGAAGGUUGUCACAAACCUUCUUUGACUCAUAAAGGGCAAAGACUCCCAAGUAUGCAUAAUUAGAUGGGUGGAUUGUUUUUUGCUUUUUUUUUUUUAACCCUUAGACCUUCAGAGAAUUCCCAGAAUUUUAUUUAGGAACAGAAAAGGCCUGUGAAGUCUUGUUUCUUGGCCUGUAUCUUCCAGGUAGGAGCAAAUGACUCUAAACUGGUCUCUAAGCCAAUACACUUCUAAACCAGAGCCCAGGAAAGACAGCUCAUAAGUGUAUAAAUGCUCUGGAGCUCAAUUCUAUGCAGUUGUGCGGAUGUUUCAUUAAGUCACUGUGUAUUUUUAAGUGUUGGUACAUUAAAGUUGCUUUAUGGAAGACAAGUAAAUUUUUUAAAUACUUGGAAAUUUUAUUUCCUUGUUAACUUUUACAGAUCAGGGCAUGCAACCAAAAGCAGCUUAAAUGAAAUAUUCUGAAAAAAAAUAAAUAAAAUAUCAGGAAGCUAUUUUUAGAUUCUUCUGGCUUAUCUUUCUAUUUUAGGACCCUCAUUAUUUUCUCUUAUUAAAAAAUAUUUUUUAUUUCCUGAACAUCUUAUGGACUGCAGGGUAAAUUAUUUGGGCAUAAAUAAUUUAAGCAAAAGUAUAAUUUUCCUUUUAUUUUGACUGUCUCAAGUAAUAACACUUUUUAUUAGCCAGUAUAUUUUCAUACUGCACAAAUCUUAAAAUGUACAGUAACUACUUUUUGAGAAGAAAGUGGUGUCAUUACUCAUGAUGAAAAGGUUACUACUGAACAAAUUGACAUUUCAGGAACAUUGCUAACUUCUAUUUAAAUCUUAGCAAAAUAUCACUUAAGGAUUUUUCAGUCAAAAAAAUCAUACUGGUGUUAGUAUCAGGUAAGAAAAUUAAAGUUUCUAAAACUGUUUCACUAUCUGCAAUAUGCGUUCAGAUUUUACUUUAAAAUACAUCUGGUACUGUAAAGAACCUGACGUGAUUCACUCUUAAUGAGUCAUUAAUCCAGUAUUCUUUACCCUGACUAUUUGGAUAUUAAAGUUCCUUUAUGUUUUCUAUAGCCUGUGGGAUCUUGUAGUGAUUAUUGUGUGUGAGAAUUUUUGUUUGUUUGUUUGUUUUUGGGCUAGCCAUAUUGUUACAUCAACUCAGGGAUUUUUUUGUUUCUUUUAAAAUCUUUUUCUAGGAACUGUGGUUUGCAUUGGGUGAUUGUUUAAUACCACAAAGAAUUGACAUUUUGAAGCUAUAACUAGUUAUGAAGCAAGGAUCUUAUUUGAUAUUAUCUCAUUGUUGAGUGAAAUUCAUUCUAGUUUUAUUCUUUUGUUCCCGUGUUUGCUCAUCUUCUUUUUGUAUAUUUCCUAGAGUUUAUUUAUGCCCUUUCAGAAGGCAAUUGAUAAAAGCUACAAAGGGAGGUAGGUUUUACAAACUGCUAUAAAAUGCUUUUGAGGCUACAGUUAAAUUGGAAAAAUAAAUGUGUUUCUAGUGAAUACAAAAAGCAGCAUCUUUCAAUGAGAGAGCAAUGAUUUCUAAAAACAAGGUCAUUUU